CACCUUUCGUCUCCUCUGUUUCGAGUCGUCUCUUCUCCACUGAUUACUUCGGUGAAAUAUGUGUUCACGAGCAUUCUUUACUUACGGGUUUAAGCAAUCUCCUUGUUUUUACUGCACGACCCACAUCUGCUACCUGGGCAUGUUUGUUUGUUUUAUUUUAUUUUUUUGACACCAUUUUUUUCUGUUUCUUCUAGGAGAAACAUUUACCAUGAUCUUUGGAUAUAUCUGCUAAAGUUGCAAUAUUUUUGCUGCAAAUUGAAUCUGGGGACUGGUUAAUUCCAGCAGGGGUUUGGAAUCACGUUGAGGAAAAACCCCUUUUUGAGCAUUUGGGCAGUGAUUUGAUUGAUUUCCAGUUCCGAGGUGAAAAUGAUUGCGAGAAAAAGCAUGGGGCGUGCUUCGUCCUUUCUGUUGGUGUUUCUGGCUUUCGGCUCCUUCUUUGCAAUUUAUAAUCUAUUAACUUUGGUGAUGCCCAUGACCCGUAGAAAUUUAACUGGGGAGCUAAAUGAUCCGUUUAUUAGUAGGUCGAUUGAGGGAGGUGGACCGAAAUUCCAUGUGGCGUUAACGGCCACAGAUACUCCUUACUUGAAAUGGCAAUGCCGGAUUAUGUAUUAUUGGUACAAGAAAAUGCGGGAUUUACCCGGUUCAGAUAUGGGAGGCUUUACUCGGAUUUUGCAUUCGGGAAAUUCUGAUAAUUUAAUGGACGAGAUUCCAACUGUCAUUGUGGAUCCUCUUCCAGGCGGGCUUGAUCGGGGUUACAUUGUUUUAAACAGACCUUGGGCUUUCGUGCAGUGGCUGGACAAAGCCACCAUCGAGGAAGAAUACAUUCUAAUGGCGGAACCUGAUCAUAUAUUCGUUAACCCGUUGCCAAAUUUGGCUCGUGGAGAUCACCCGGCCGCAUACCCCUUUCUAUAUAUAGAACCAAAUGCGUAUGAGGAAAUUGUUAGAAAAUAUUAUCCUGAAGAAAGAGGCCCGGUGACAAAUGUCGAUCCAAUUGGCAAUUCUCCAGUAAUUAUCAAGAAGUCGAUUUUUGAGAAAAUUGCACCCACAUGGAUGAGCGUCUGCUUGCGGAUGAAAGAUGAUCUCGAGACUGAUAAGGCUUUUGGUUGGGUCCUAGAAAUGUAUGGUUAUGCAGUUGCAUCUGCUUUGCAUGGAGUGCGACAUAUUCUUCGUGCGGACUUCAUGCUACAGCCACCAUUUGAUUCAGAAGUUGGGAAGAAGUUCAUCAUCCAUUAUACAUAUGGUUGUGACUACAACAUGAAGGGGGAAUUAACCUACGGUAAAAUUGGAGAAUGGAUAUUUGACAAGAGAUCAUACAUUAGUGGUCCGCCUCCUAAAAAUAUCUCACUACCUCCUUCAGGAGUACCUGAAAGUGUGGUACGGCUUGUGAAAGCUGUGAACGAGGCAACUGCAAAUAUUCCAGACUGGGAGACAACAUAGGUGAUAUUGGCUUUGAGUUUAUUAUGCUCCAUUUUUUAUCAUUUUUGCGAAUUUGAGGAUCUAUUUUAGAACAAAACACUUACAAGAAUGUGAAGUACAUCAAAAAAAGAUACACAAUAGAAGAAGAUACACAGAGAAGAAGAUAUGGGUUUUCUUUCUGUCAUAGGUCGAUCCUUUUCCGGGGCCCUCUUUCAUUAUGUCGUGCUGAAUACAUGCGUGUUUGUACUCUCGCUUGCUUAAAAAACUUGGAAACUUAACUCGUGCUCAACUAAUGUUACAUUAUGCAACCGAUUUCCAUAUUUAAGGUGUUGCUUUUAGGUUAUACUAGGAAGAUGCACGUGCUACGCACGUGAUGUUAUUUUUUUUUCAUUAAAAUUAUUUUUACUAUUAUACCUAUAGUAUAAUUUAAUUAUCUUUCCAUUAUUUUAUGAUAA